GGAUCAGAUUUUUCCGUAUACCCGGAUCCGUAUAGGGUGUACACUGUACACCGUUCCCACUAGUAAUAUGCAGGGUAUCGUUUGACCGUUUCUGCUUUCACUCGGGCGGAGAGCGAGAGCGAGAGCGAGAGAUCGAGGGAGAGAUGUCGUCUCACGGGAACUCAAUAUCGGCGAACGAUCCACGUCAGCCAUCGGCGGCGAAGCCCUAUGUGGCACAGAUGGUGUCCCCGCAAGAUCUGCCUGUCGAUUACUCCGGUUUCAUCGCCGUCAUCUUCGGCAUCGCCGGCGUCAUGUUUAGGUACAAGCUAAGCUCGUGGCUUGCUAUCAUAUUCUGUGCUCAAUCGCUUGCCAACAUGCGGAAUGUCGAGAAUGACCUCAAGCAGAUUUCGAUGGCCAUGAUGUUCGCUAUAAUGGGAUUAGUAACAAACUACUUUGGGCCCGCUCGACCAGGCACGCAAAGUUAAGAUUUUGUGGUUCAUUCAGGGUAAAGUGUGACGUCAGUUUGAAGAUUCCUUUUUUUCUCCUGAUGGCCUUUUAUUGUUCUUCUUUGGGAUACUGUUAAUGAAAUUUGACGUAACCAUUAUGGCGAUUGGCGGACACAGAAACCUAUCUAUGAUAUUGAAAUUACUUUUAGUCCCCUGCCCUCUCA